AUACGUUAUAUUUGCUGGUUGCCUCGUCAACAUUUGCAUCGACCCCAUUUCGGGUGAAAUUUACACGAGAGGAAAAAUUGACCGGGAAGAAAAUGAUGUUAUCGACUUCGCAGUUCGUGCCAUCGAUACGAAGUCGGCGAUUCGCGCCUCGGGCGAAUACUUCUACUCGGAUCAAAAUGUGAAAAUCCGAGUGAAGGAUAAAAACGACAACAGUCCUGUUUUCGAACAUCAAGCCGUGCAACUAGUCCUACCCGAGAACUCUAAAAUUGGCACUGUCAUCGGAAAAGUGCGAGCAACCGAUGCAGACGAAGGGCCGAACGGUGACGUUCGUUACGUAAUCUACGACUCGAGUCCCCAGAAUUACGUAACACUUGAUGAGAAGCAUGGAACGCUGAAACUAAAUCGAGACGUGGACUUUGAGGCCUUGAGGCACAUUGAUGUCGUAGUGAUGGCACAAGACUCGCCCGUGAAUGGCGAGAGUCCCCGAAUGAGUUUUGCGAAUGUGGUGAUCCGGAUUUUGGAUGAAAACGACAAUGCGCCCAUCUUCCAUCCGCCUUUCGCAGUUACCAUCUCAGAAGACCACGACCCAACCUUCUCUUUUUUCAAGGUGAACGCCACUGACGCGGACUCUUUGGACAAUGGAGUUGUGACUUACUAUCUUCUCUCCCACCCAGAUGUUUUCACACUUCAUCCCGACUCAG